UCAUAAUUUCCAUUCGACUUAUUUUCCCUCCACCCAUUUUUUGUUUUCAGUUACGCCUAGAUCCGUUUGUCUGUUUUUAGUGUGUAGUGUUAGAUUCACACAAAUAUUUAUCAGAGCCUCAGAGGAUAUAGGAGAAGACGAAGAAGGGAGCGGACCAGAUCGAUCAUACUCGUCUAAAAUACCACAUCGCCAAUACCACUAUAUUAUCAUCAAACAGUUAACUCUUUCUCCAUUGCAUUGUAGAGAGAAAAGGAAUAAAGAAAAAGGGAAAUCUAUACACAACCAAGAUUGUUCUGUAAAUGUGAUUUGAUUGUAUCUGAGAAAAUACUGAAGAUUUCAAUUCGUAACCCUCCACUCUUCCUCCUACGUACACCUUCCAUUGUCUCUCUGUUUCUCCUUUCGUAAAUUCGGUUCGGAGAGCGAUGGAGAUCACAGGUACUACCAACGAUGUUCUGCCGACGGCCGCAGUUUUCGUAGCAACGGAGGAGCUUCCGGUGGCUGCCGUUGAACAUGCGGAGGUGAUGAAGCCGUCGCCAGAGCCAGAGGCAGAGGCGGAGGCAGAGACCACCUCCAAGGAGGAGGCACCGCCGCCGCCUGACAAAACCGGUAACGGCGACAGCAGCAACAAGGAAGCCCCAUUUGCAGCCGUCCCCAUUUCCCAAAUCGCCAAGGGAAAGAGGACCAAGCGGCAGCGAAUUCAAUCUCCGGUGGCCAACAGCUUCGCCGUCGCCACCGCCCCUGCCGCCAGUGCCAAUUCCUCCAUCGGGGAGGACGAUUUCGAGGACGCCGCCGCCGACGACGACGAGGAUUACAAUUUCGACGAUGAAGACGUGGAAGAUGACGACGACGACGACGAGGAGAUUAUGGUGGUCGAGAAUUCAAGAGCGUCGUCAUUCGUGCCACCACCGACGCCGGCUGCCGGGAACACCAAGGAGGAGGAGGACAUGGCGAACUGCCUGAUCCUCCUGGCGCAGGGCCAUUCCGUCAUUUCCAACAGCAACAUCACCGUCAUUUCUUCCUCCCCCACCACCGCCAAUAACAACCACGGCGGCGGAGUAGGAGGGAAAUUCACCAGCAGGAGGUUCAUGGAGACGUCCCCUGCUGGCGGAGGCGGCGGCGGGAGGGCAGGGUACUACGUGUACGAGUGCCGGACGUGCAGCAGGACAUUCCCGUCUUUCCAGGCGCUCGGCGGGCACCGGGCCAGCCACAAGAAACCCAAGAACAACGUCAACAACAUGAUGCUGACGAGGAUGAACAUGUCCUCCGACGAGGAAGACAACCUCAGGGACAUGAAUUCUACUCUCAACCUUCAAUUGAACAGCGGCGGAAACAGGGGAGGCAGCUAUUACAACAUCAACAGCAACACCGCCGCCAGCUCAUCGUCGAUGUUCGGAAAUAAUCACAAGGGGAACAGCAGCAAGGUGCACGAGUGCGGUAUUUGCGGGGCGGAGUUCAAUUCCGGCCAGGCGCUGGGUGGACACAUGAGGAGGCACCGGGCCCCUGUUGUCGGCGCUUCUUCCCCUGCAGCCGCCGCGGCAAGUGCGGCGACGAGUUUGUCGUUGGGGAACAACAAUUACAAUUACAAUUACAAUAGCGGCAGCAAGAAGAACGUGGGGGAAACAACGGUGACGGGGAAGAGAGGGAGGGAUGGGAGCAGUUUGAGUAUGUCGUUGGACUUGGAUCUCAAUCUGCCGGCGCCGGAGGAAAAGCAGCCGCAGCUGCAAUUGAUGCCAUUUGCUUCCCAGCAGCAGCAGCCGCCGCAGAAGAAACCCACUCUGGUGUUUCCCAGCCCUGCUUUGGUGGAUUGCCAUUACUAACCACGUCGUCGUCUUUUUCAUCAUCAGGUAUACAUUUUUUGAUACCGAUCUAGAGGAGGAAUGGAUUUUUCGUGUUCAUGCACGUACAAUUCUUUGAUUUGAUUACUCAUCAAAAUACGUAGAUGAAAUCGACACUCAUCAUAAAAAAAAUUGUUCCUUUUAGUUUAUUUUGUUUGUAAUUUUCACGUUUUUGUCGAGUCUCAAUUUUUAUUUGGACGAAAUUCACAUGAGUAAUUUGCUAGUAAUGAUUUUUGUUGUUAUUGUAAUUAUACCGAUUCAUCUUAUUCACCCAUGCAAUUGUAAUUCAUGAUGUGGGCUUUGAUGACAUUUAUAAUACCAAUUUUCUGAUAAUCACUACCAUAUGUGUAAAAGUGAUAUUCAAUUUUGUUCUUUACUCUUUUUUUUUUUUUGUGAUUAAUAAUAAUAAAGUUCAUGAGAAAUU